CUGAUAACCCUAACCCGGCCCCGCCCUUUACCCGGACCAGCCCCGCACUCUGUAUUACGGAGAGGGAUAGAAAAGGGGCGUGGCUUCUGUGAGGCCAUCAGCCAAUGAGCGCUGCAGGUCAGUGUGAGUGGCACCUGCGCUGGCCAAUUGGAGCGCGGCUCAGCGCUACGCGGGCUGCAGGAAAGAUGGCAGCGGCCGCGGCCGCCUCGGUGUAUGAGCAACUGAAGGAGCUGCGCUGCCCCCUGUUGGACGGAGUUUUCCUGCCCGAGCCCGGGGCGGCCCUGGGGCUCCUCUGCGCCCCCUCGGCCCAGCGCCUGGAGCUGCUGGCCUGGCUCUGCGCCCGAGCGAACCCCCCCCUCCAAGAGCAAUUCGCCACUCUCACGGAGUCGCAGACGGAGGAGAAAACUCAAGAAAUGGCCAAACUGGGCUCCGACCUGCUGCUGUGUCGAUCAGACGAGCUUGAUCUCAUUGAGGGGGAGGCCAGUGCCGAGCGGCAGCUCCGGUUCAUGGAGCAGCUGCUGGAUGUGAUCCGGUACCUGGACGCCAUCACUGGGACGGAUGCUGGGGACUCGACCACCUCCAGCAGGGAGGAGUCGCUCCGGGGGGCCGCGAGGAAGAAUGAAGAAUUCCUUCGCGAGGUCUUCUCCAGCCCCAGUUUGCCGGCCUUGCUGGCCCCCACCCUGCCCCCCUGCACCGCCGACAUCAAGCCGCUGCUGCUGGAGGAGCUGGCCCCGCACAUGAGGAGCCGGCUGUCAGGGAGAUCCAGUGGGAAGACACUGGCUGAGCUCUCCAGGACCCUGGAGGAGGCGAACGCCGCACUGGAGCGGCUGCGCGCAGAGGUGGGCUUGCUGAGGGGGAGCCGAGACUUCUGGGGGAACCGUACAUCCGGGAACAGAGUUAGAUCCCUGUGCACUCUGGAGCUCCUCCCUGCGGGGGGACACGGAUCCCCUGGCCCCUGGCACUUCCCUGCAGACCCUGGCGCUGGCAGCCUGCGACUCACACCAGCUGAUGGCGGCCUUCAGGCAGGUGUACGAGACAGAGCUGCGGGAACACUGCGUCCGCGGCCCCGCCCCACGGCUCAGCCCCUGUGGUCCCCUGGCCCAGCACCUGCACCAGGCCCUCACCCUCUGCACCCAGGAGCUGCGGGCGCUGGCCCAGCUGAGCGACACCUCAGAGCACGUGGUGCAGACGGUGGAGCGGAGACGCGGCGAGGAAGGCACCAGCCCCCCAGCGACACUGCCUGCGAAGAUGGAGGAGCUGCGCCGGCGCUACCAGGCCCGCCUGGCCGCUGCCGGGGGGCUGCCGGGGUGACCCCAGGACUGGGCUGGGAAAGGGGAGAAGGGUGGGGAGCUCCAGGGCCCCCAUCCCACAAGGGAGCUGCUGUCCCACUAUUCCUGGGAUAAUAAAAGAGUAAUUAAUUAUUAA